UCUGCAGCUUAGGCGUAGUGUCAAAUUCAUUUGUGCAACAGUGUUUAUAGCGCUAGCUCGUGCAGCAGUGCAUAUUUGCAAUGUCUGUGGAAUCGUGCGAUAUUGUGAUAGUCGGUGCGGGCCUGUCCGGACUCAGCGCGGCUCAGUGUCUGCAAAAAAGAAACAAACUACUAAAAGUAUUAGUGUUGGAGGCAAAAGACCGUGUUGGAGGACGAACUUUAACUCAAGAUUUACCAGCAGCUAAUGGCUCUGACAGGUGGGACAUGGGUGGACAGUGGGUUGCCAGCACACAGACCCAUGUUAUGGAUCUCAUACGAGAGUUUGGUGUGGAAGUCUACCCACAAUUUGCAGAGGGCAAGAAAGUACAUCACAUGGGUGGCCCACACGCCAAGAUCACGACUUACACUUCUAGCAUCCCAUCAUACUCCCCUCUGGUCAUGCUUGACUUUGCCCAGUUUCUCUGGCGGAUUGACCGGCUCACAAAGACCAUAUCAGUAGAAGACCCAAUGAGUUCUCCUAAUGCAGAGCUCUUUGACAGCAUGUCGCUUCACUCCUAUAUGGAACAACAUCUCUGGACAACAGAGAUAAAAGAGGAGCUGGGAUUGUGUAGCCGCGCUGUGUUUGGCAUGGAACCCGCGCAGAUGUCCUUCCUAUAUUUUCUGAUGUACUCUGCAGCAGCAGGGGGGGCCCUACAACUCUUGGAGACCACGCCUGGCGCAGCUCAAGAGUUCAGAGUCAAGGGGGGCACUCAGCAGCUGUCUGAAAAGCUGAUGGAACAGAUCGGGAAAGAGCUUGUUCGGUUGGGUUCCCCUGUAACAUCCAUAUGUCAGAAUGCAGAGAAUGUUGAAGUUAAGACUGCUACAGGCACCAUCAUUUGUAAGGCCGUCAUUGUUACAUGUCCUCCUCAUAUGGCAGCACAGAUACGCUACAAUCCUGCACUACCAGCUGAGCGCCAGCGCCUCUCCCAGUGCAUGCCCGUCGGCCACUUGAUCAAGUUUAUCAUCACAUACCCCACUGCGUUUUGGAGGGAAAAGGGUUUCUCAGGGGAAAUCGUGACUCGUCCCUACAAGGACUGCCCUUUAAGCGUCACAUUUGAUGCCACCAGCCCCAGAGGCAGUCCUGCGCUUGUGGGGUUCAUCGCUGGUGCGCAGGCCCAUGACUGGUGCGACAGAGAGAUGGAGGAGAGAAGAGAGGCUGUCAUAUCCAAACUGGUGAAAUAUCUCGGCCCAGAGGCAUCCUCCUACAUUCACUAUGAGGAAAAAGAUUGGGCUAAAGAGGAAUAUAGUGGAGGUUGUCCUGUGAAUGUGAUGGCUCCUGGGAUGUUGACGUAUUACCACCCGAGUCUUCGAAAGCCCUUCGGCAGGAUUCAUUGGGCAGGCACAGAGACGGCCACCAAAUGGUGUGGCUACCUCAGUGGGGCAAUUCAGUCUGGUCAGCGGGCGGCUAUGGAGGUUCUGGCUCAGAUGAGCCCUUCAUCUCUGUCUCUGGACGAACUGGAGGAAGUGCGAGCUUCCCAGAAAUACUGUGACCCAAGAAUGGAUUCAAAGUGCAAGUCAUUGAACUCUUACCGCCUACUUGGUGUGGUUAUGGCUGCAGCUACACUGGUGACUGCUUGCCUCUUGGCCAAAUCUCAACUAGGACUUGAGUGGAUUUAAUAGGAUAUAAUUUAGAUCUGGGUUUUGGUGGUGAACAGUAUGGCUAUGCUGUUCCACAAGCUAGACCAGCACCAAACCAGCAUAAACCAACUUGGCAAGCAUGAAAAUUCAUGCAGGUCUAAGCUGGUCUUUUCAGCAGGGUUGUAAUGUUUGCCUUAGUAUACAUCUUGAAAAUUAAUUUAGAGCUUAAAGAGAUAGUUCACCCAAAUAUUCUGAUUCUCUCAUAAUUUAUUCACCCUCAUGAUAUCCCAAACUGGAACUCAAACGAAGAUAUUUAUGAAGAUUGUUUGAGCUGUUUGUAUCCAUAC